AAAAAUAAUAUAAAUGUGCUUCGAUACGCUACGGACUAUGUAAUAACUGUAAUUUAAUCAGCAUACGUAUCAGUAUUCAACAGCAGCUCGCUUGCUAAUUCGCACUAAACAUUAAUGAACACGCAUUGAUUUCGAUUUCCUUUUCAUUAAUCAGCAAAGCAGCAGCAGCAAAAAAAAACACUCAGCACAGAAAAAAAUUGUGAUUUAUCCAAAACGCCGCAGCCGCCGCAAGCUCUGCAGCUGCUCAUGUGUCUAUGUGUGUGCCACAUUUAAUUAGCAGCGAAAAUUGCAUUUGCACAUAUUCUGUGUAAUUUCAGCGAGGCUUGCAUGCUGCUCACCACAGCUUUGGCUACUUGAGAUGUAAACUGUGAAGCAGGCAAUCAGUUGAAGCUUGAAGAAUGCCGCUGCCAAAAAUGUUUCAAUUAUGUUACGCGCAACAAGCACAGCAACAACAACUAAAAGCCGUAGUAAGAACAACAACAAGAGCAACAGCAACUGCUUAAGCAGCAACUUGCAAUUCAAGAGCCAAAUCAAACAGCGACCGCAACCAAAACCCAAAAGCCGUAACCAAGCGCAAAUUAGCAUAGCAACAGGAGCUGUAGCUGAAGGACCACAAGCAACACCAGCAACACCAACAGCAACUUUAACAUCAACAACAUCGACAUGGGCUGUUCACCAAGCUCGUUGCACAAUUCGAGAGAACAGGCAACUGCUGCGUCGGCUGCGGGCAGCGGCGCUGGCGGCGGCCCCCUGCCCCCGCUGGAUGUCAAUGAGAAGGACGGCAGCUUGCUGUUCUGCAUCAAAUUGCGACGCAGCCGCAUGCGUCGCUGCAGCUGCGGCGCCGUCACGCUGCCACCACAAAAUGGCGACGGCAGCCAGGGCAGCGCCAACUGCGGCGACAAUCUAAUGUGCAACCAGGUGCUGCUCAAUCCCCAGCAGUCCAAAAACGAUGCCGACUACGAGAAGCUCAGCACGGGCAAAAAGGAUUCCAUUGUCACCGUCGCCGCUCUGGGCAACUUUACACACAGCGUCGUUCGACGUGCCACCGGCAGCACUGGCACCUCUGGCACUAGCUCUUCAGGUGGCGGUCGUCCUGGUCAUCGUAAAUCUUCACUGGCACUGGCUCUAACGCCCGAGGAUGAGCCAAUGGAUGUUUAUCAGCGAAAUCUCGUGGACUUGAAAUAUCCAACCGUGCUGCCACCGAAUCCUCAACUGAAGGCGCUCUUGGUGUUUCACAAAGCGGACAGCAUCUGCGAAGCGGUCACCUUGGCCUGCCAGCGGCAUCAGCUCGAUGUGACGCUGGUUAAGUCCAAGGAUGAGGCGCUGGACACGCUACAGAAGUCAUACGCCAACGCUCAGUGCUAUCAUCUAAUUAUAGUUGAUGCGCGCUCCACCAAAGGUCUCGAUGCCGAAUACAUAGCAAGAUCAAUACGCACCACACACGGACAUCAUUUGACGACAAUAAUUGCAGUUUGUAAGAAGAGUUUCUUUGAGAAAGAUGAUGCGCUAAUUGCUCUAUUGGACGCUGGCGUUAAUAGAUGCAUUGCCGAGACCACCAACCUGGCCAUGUGCAGCGUCGAGCUUAAGCAGAUACUGCACUCAAUCAUAAGGCCAAACAAUGUCAUGUCCACUCAACAGGCACUCUAUACAGCGCUGCAUCGACUCAAAGAGGUGGUGCUCAUCACAGACGACGUGCUGCGCAUUCAGUACGCGAAUCGUGCCACCGAGCGCCUGCUCAACAUGCGACUGGAUGAAAUCAUUAGCAAGCCACUGGCGGACAUCUUCGUUUCGGAUCUGUCCACCAUCAGCGAGCAGGGCAAGGGCAUUAAGGAGUUCGAUGGCAUUCUCACAGUGCGUCGCAAGAACCAGGAGGGCAUACCCAUGCAUGUGCGUGUGGUGCCUGUAGCCUGCAUAGGCAGCGCACCCACGCAUCUUAUAUUCAACUUUGAUAUACCUGGCGGUGGCAUGGACUUUAUUGCAACGCUGCCGCAGCCGAAGGAGGCGCCAAGAGGCUCCCUGCAUUCGGUGCGUCGCUGCAGCUUCGAUGUGCGCUCCAUUGCCUCGGACGGAUUGCGACGCACUAGUCUGGCCAAGCUCACAUCGCUGCCGCUGGAGGCGCCCAUAACCAAAAUAAUUAAUUUACUAUCACAAGUACAGGAUAAUUGUUCGGCAGACGAGGCACGUCUCAUAGACAAAGUGCUGGAGUUUCUCAAGCGCGAAGGACUCUACAGUCCGCAAAUGAAAGAGAUACGCACGGAUGAUCCCAUUGCCACCGAUCUAAUUGGCGCUCUACUUACGGGUCCCAGCGUGUACUCGUCGCGUCGCAGCUCGAAUGAUUCUAUUAUACGCAGCGGCAACUCCACGCGCACCGCCACCAUUGUGCCCGCCAAGAUGAAGGUUGGUAUAAUAACGAAAAAAAAAAGGAAGUGUAGCUGCUGCUGCAUCGAGUUCAUUCAAAUUUACAGCGCGUUGCUUUCAUUUAGUACUAAACUUUUUAAUGUCAAUAAUAUUAAACUGCAUGCUCAUGUAAGCUAAUUGGGAAAUUGUUAAGCACAGUAACUGAUUGAAGUUUAGUUGUAAAUUACACUAGGCAACAAAUUGCAAGCAAAUAUGCGUUGGCAAAUCUUUUUAUCAUUUGCUUAUAGAUUCAAGUCGAUAUACACUUUGACAUUUUUGUACAAAAUGGAAAAAGAGUAUUAUGAAGUUGUAUGUAACAGGCAGAAGGAGGCAUGUCAGACCCCAUAAAGUAUAUAUUCUUGAUUAGCAAGACAAAC